AUGCACCAUACUUACCGCCUGAUUACCUCACUACGAGGUGGGCUUGUUGCACUCAUAUUCUCAAAGGUCCUAAAUCUGGAUGCAUCCACAGCCAAGGCAUCUGCCGCAGUCACGUUGAUGAGUACUGACAUUGAUGGGAUUGCCAGCGGGAUAUCGAGUAUUCAUGACAUCUGGGCCAGUGUCAUUGAGCUGGGCUUAGCCGUUUACCUACUUCAGAGGCAAGUAGGCGCAGCCUGCUUUCUAAUUCUGAUGCCUGCUGUCUUGUCUAGCUUGGCAACUGGUAGGGUCGCUGGGGGGAUGGGCGCUGCGAGGAUGGCCUGGAACUCUAAAGUGCAGAAACGAGUAUCGACAACGUCUUCCGUUCUACAUCAAAUCAAAGGUAUUAAGAUGAUGGGCAUGUCAGAUCGUAUCUCUCAGUUGAUACAACGUCUCCGCGUCUCUGAACUCACUGCAUCCAAGAGUUUUCGCAUUUUGAUCGUAUGGAUGAACAUGAUAGCCAAUGCAUCGGACCAACUAACUCCAAUCAUUGUCAUUGCCGCGGCGGUGUUUUGGACGAAAGGUGGUCAGGAUCUAAGCGUAUCAGAAGCGUUCACCUCCUUAUCGAUUAUUUCCCUUGUUUCAACGCCUCUGGUCAACCUCAUAUCGGCAUAUCCUACGUUCGUUUCUGGGUUAGCUUGUUUUGGGCGCAUUCAGGCUUUUCUACUACAUGAUGAUAUGAAGGAAUUUCGCUCGAUUGACUCUUCUUCGCCGGAUCCUAAGAGCCCACUCAAAACAGACGACAUUGGAUUGUCAGCAUCCGCAAAGCCAGUAGAUCUGAGGGGCAAAUCCUUGCCAUCCCCAGUCAUCCGUAUCUUGAACGCUUCAUUUUCACAUCAAAACAGCGCCGAGGCUGUUCUAAAGCAUGUUACCAUAGAUGUACAAAGGUCGAGCCUUACAAUGAUUGCAGGUCCUGUCGGGUCCGGGAAGUCAUCUCUAUUGAAGGCAAUGCUCGGCGAAGCACAAAUCAUCAGUGGCUCAGUUGUAACCUCUGGUGUUCGAGCUGCAUACUGUGACCAGGCCGCGUGGUUGCGGAUGGGAUCAGUCAGAGAAAACAUCUUGGGACCAGAAAAAUUUGACGAGACUUGGUAUCGAGACGUUGUUCGGUCAUGUGCCUUGGACAAGGAUAUCUCUCAAUUCGACAACGGGGAUCAGACUAUCGUCGGCAAUGCGGGCGCUGCUUUAAGUGGUGGCCAGAAGCAGAGAGUGGCGCUGGCACGGGCUGUCUACGCUCGAACUCCCUUGGUUUUGUUAGACGAUGUCUUCAGCGCCCUCGACCACAGCACGGCCCAGAAGGUUUUCACUCAUCUCCUAGGUAGCGAUGGGUUAUUACGGAGGAGCGGGACGACAACUGUUCUGGUCACCCAUGCAGCAAACCUGUUGCCUGCAGCCGACCACGUCAUUGUCCUGGGAGAAGGGGGAAUUAUCGCUAGUCAGGUGAAAAAUGACCAACUAGACUUAAGUCAACCCCUUUUACAGGCACUUGGGCCAGAGGAGGGGCACAGCCAGGAGUCACUUGCAGUGAAUUCCGAGGACAAACCUGCCCAGGAUCCACAACGCAAGAACUCUGAUGCAGAAAAGCAUGCCUACGAAAUGACUAGGAAAACUGGAGACAUAAGUUUGUACAAGUUCUAUCUGAAUUCUAUUGGUGCCUGGUUGUUUGUCGGCUGGCUUUUUCUGGGCGCUGGCUACAUCUUCUCUGGGAAGAUACCUCAGAUCUGGUUGCGUAUUUGGACAGAAAAUGGCACAACGAAUCGCUCACCCUCGUAUUUUGGAGGCUACUUGGGAUUCGGUCUUUUAUGUGUCCUGUUCUCAGGGCUCUGCAUGUACUACUUCAUGAUUAUCGUCGUCCCGAAGUCGGCCCAAAACCUACAUUGGAUGUUGCUUCAAGCUGUGAUGAGUGCACCGCUAUGGUUCUUUACCUCGAUGGACACUAGCAUUCUUCUAAAUCGAUUCAGUCAAGACAUGACACUGAUCGACCAGACACUGCCGGUGGCAACGCUCACCACCACAUUUGACGUAUUCAACGUGCUCGCAGGCGCGGCCCUUAUUGCUUCUGGUGCCACCUAUGUCGCAGCCAUCAUUCCACUCUGUAUCCUAACUGUCUACGCCAUUCAGAAGUUCUACCUCCGUACUUCCCGCCAGAUGAGACAUCUGGAUUUAGAAGCGAAAUCACCACUGUAUCGGAUAUUCACAGAGACAGCGGGUGGUAUAACCACAAUUCGUGCCUUCGGCUGGAAAAAUGAGAUGACCACAGAGAACCUCCGACAGCUCGAUCACUCACAGAGACCGUACUAUAUGAUGUAUUGCAUCCAACGCUGGCUCAACGUAGUGCUCGACCUCUUUGUCGCGGCGAUAGCAGUCAUUCUCGUUGGUUUUGCACUCGGCCUCCCGAACUCGGCAACCCAGGGCUCUAUUGGUCUGGCCAUGCUGAACCUGAUGGAGUUCAACCAGAGCCUGUCGAUGCUUAUCAACUCUUGGACAGGACUGGAAACGUCUCUGGGCGCUAUCGCCCGGCUCAAGGACUUUUUGGCGGAGACCAAGUCCGAAAACUCCGAGGGCGAAGGUACCACACCGCCUCCUGGUUGGCUACAAGAAGGCUCCGUCGUUGUAGAAGAUGUCACCGCGAAGUACAAUCUCGCCGAUUCGCUGUCACCACCAGCAAUUCGCAACGUUAAGUUGGAAGUACAAGCAGGUCAGAAUGUGCUAGUUGCUGGCCGCACUGGCAGCGGGAAAUCGUCUCUCAUGCUCACGCUGCUCCGGCUCCUCGACAUUGAGUCCGGGCACGUCGAGAUCGACGGAGUCGACAUAGCGCGCGUAUCACACGAGGCUCUCCGCUCACACAUCUUAACCAUCCCCCAGGAGCCCGUGGAGCUCCCUGGUUCCGUGCGCUUCAACCUCGCCCACAUAGCCCCGUCGUCAUCGGGCCAAGGACCGACAGGUGACGACGACAGCGGCAGAGAUGACGACGGAGCCAUGCAGCGCGUUCUCACACGUGUCGGACUCUGGGAUGUGGUGAGCAGCCGCGGUGGGCUGGACGCCGAGCUCGACAGUGUGGGCCUUUCCGGCGGCCAGAAACAGCUGCUCUCGCUGGCGCGCACUAUGCUCAUUGCCCGGAAUCGGCAGGCUAGAGGUGGUCUCGUGCUCCUGGACGAGCCGACGAGCAGUGUCGAUGAUGCCACGAGCGCGGCCAUAGCGAACAUCGUAAGAGAGGAAUUUGCAGGUUACACUAUUAUAACCAUAAGUCAUCGUUUAGAUGCGGCUGGGGAGGCUGACAUGGUUGUGCGGAUGGCGAAUGGAAGGGUGGCAGAGGUAAUUAGGAGAGAAUGA